AUGACCACUGGCGCUCGCCCCAAGGAGGAAUAUGUGGCAGAGCCCCAGUUGCUUCCGGCAUGGGUCAACCCGGACCUGGAUCGUCUCAUGGUCGUGCACAAGGAAAGGGACGGCAGCUACUUCCGGUCGUGGGCCGAGUCCAAGGUCGACUUGCCCGCUGGAGCCGUCUUUGCCCGCAUCAACGGUAUAACACCUACUUCUCAGCAGGACUACGCCACGGUGCAGAGUGGGCCCAACACGCACUUUGUCUGGAACUCCGAUCUCUACUACUGUAAUCAUUCCUGUGCGCCCUCGCUUGAAUGCGACACGUCGACAUGGGAAAUGAGGGUGAGUCGCGACAGGCCGCUCAAGAAGGGCGACGUAUUAUCGGUGUUUUACCCGAGCACGGAGUGGACUAUGGACCGCGAGUUCGAGUGCUGGUGUGGUGCUGGGGAGGGCAAGUGCUGUGGGAUUAUCAAAGGGGCUAGAGAUAUGAAUGACCGCUGCUUGCAGCGAUUCUGGCUCAACGAUCAUAUCCGUGCGCUGCGUAAACAGAGGGCAAAUAUUCCGCAUUUAUAA